AUGGCCACCCAAGCUGGUGGGGAGAGCAUGACCUUCCAGUUCUACGGCAGCGCGCUACAGCUCGUCGGCGCGAAGCGCGACAACCACGCCAACUGCCAGGCGCAGGUCGACAACGCACAGCCCAUCACCACAUCCGGGUUCGCCUCCCGCCCGCAGUUUAACCAGACGCUCUUUACGUACAACCUCGAUUUGGCGCAGCAUACUUUCCGCUUGACAAAUGUGGACGCUGGGAAGUUCUUGGAUGUUGAUUAUGUUGCAGUUAGGACGAGUGUUGGGCAGCCAGACGAGAGGUUGAUCGUGAAUAACUUCGACGCGUCCCAUCCUUCCUUCGCUUUCGCACCUCCAACCUCUUGGACAAUUCCCAGCGCCUUGAGCGGCACUCUGUUUGGAAGUAACGGAAGGGCGACCAUCGAUUCCGCCGCAUCAGCGCAAUUUACUUUUCAAGGGAUGCUGUGGCACUUUACGGUCCCGUUGGACCCAGCAGCUGCAACAGCUACUCGGUACAGACCAUCUCAAUUGAUGUUCUACGCGGGAAACCUUGGGCAGGGAUCCCAUACCGUCCGAGUUGCUCCUGGUACUGGGUGUGGAAUACUUGCGAUUGACUCAGCGGUGGUCUACACGGCCCCUUCACUCGGAGGAAGUUUUUCUGCCGUCGAUUCUGCCAGCGUGCAUAGAGAAUUACCCACAUCGGUGGCCGCUGGUCUCGCCUUAGCUUGCACCAUCGCAGUACUUGCGACUUUCUGCAGUCUGUACCUCCUAUGGCGCUACCGAGUCCAAUGGCGCACAGGUGGUAUCGACGAAAAGGACGGCGAACAAGCCUCUGUUCACCCAUUCGCCUCUCCAGUCACAGACACCUCGACUGGCAGGCCGUAUAGUGUUCACUCUGAAUCUGAGUUGACCCACCAGCAAAGCUGGUCCGUCUCGUCGCAUGGCUCUACCAUUAUGUUACGUCCCCCACAGAUGCUGGAGCCGAAUAGGCAACGAGACACGAAGACCGGAGUUCAGGAGGCGGUCCAGCAGCGGGACUUCCCUCCACCACCUGCGUACCAGCCUGGGUCCGCUCGAUACGGACAAAGCUUCUGA